AUGACUUUUUUGACUAAAUCUUUUUUUUUUCAGAAAAAAAUAAAUAAAUUUUGCAUAAAAAGAUCAAGUACUAAAACAUUGAAUCUUGGGAAAAAUGUACUAUAUCCAGCAAUUCAAAAACAUUUAAAGCUUUAUGAAACAGUCAAUAUAGAUGCUCUUGUUUAUGGAUUGCAAGAUUUUUCAAAUGCAAUGGAUAGUCUUUUACCAGAAAAAAAAUUUAAAAUGAUUCGUAAAUUACAAAGAUUAUAUGGAAAACCUCUUAAGAUGAUUGUUUUGUCUCGAAGUUCAUCUAAAUUCAAGUAUUCAAGUCAUUUUGAAAGAAAAAAUUCUCGUUUUUUACUUGCACAAAUGGCAGAAUGUUUUAAAACAUUUGAUAAAGAGAGUAUUCUUGGAAUUUUAAAUUUUUCUGUUUAUUCGGAAAAUGUUUCUGAAACGCUUAUAUCUUUCUAUCUUUACAAAAUAUACUCUCUUAAUAAAAGGAAUGAAGGCUUGCCGCUUUUAAAAGAAUUUUUAGAAACACUUAUUAAUUCUGAUUUGAAAAAAAAACUAAUGAAUAUUUCGGCUAUUAAUAUUGCAAAACUAGAAACUCGAUAUUUAUAUGAAGAUAUAGAAAUUCCAUUCUCUAUGAUGUUUGAAAAAAAAUCACUUUCUGAAGACAUAUAUAAUAUGGUUAGAGUUUAUAUAUUGAAAAUUUAUUCUAUACAAGGUAAAAGUCAAAAAGCCAUACAUAUACUUGGUGAGUUAGUUAAAGCCCGUAGAAUUCCCUCCUUUUCAAUCAUGAAUAUCCUAUUAAGAACUGUUUUGGGUAAAAAUACAUUUAUUAAUAAUAUAAAAAGAGAGUCUGAUCUUAUGUUUUUUUAUAAUAAGAUAUUUUCUAAUUUAUCUCCAAACUUUGAAACUAUUAAGAUUCUUGCAAACUGUUCUUUAACCUAUAAUGAAUUUGAUAAAUUAUGGAGGUUUGUCAUUAACCAUCCUCAUAAAAAUAAAAUCAUAGAAGGAUGUCAAAUUGAAAUUGCACGGGCUUUUUUAAGGCUUGGUCAAAAAGUUCGACAAUUAUCUAAUUCUAGUAUUCAUUUAAAUGCUAAUGCUAUGAACUUUCUUCAGUAUCUUAUAUCAAAUGUCAAAAAGCUAUAUAAAAAUACAAUUAUUUAUUUAACCCUAUGUUGUUCUUUAUUUGAUAAUUUUAUUGGUCUUAAACAGUGUUUUAAAAUUUUAAAUUCACAUCACUGGGAAUUAUCUACAAAGCAUUAUGCUACAAUUUACAGACAAGCUUUCAAUUUAAAUUUCGAAAAUUUAAAAGUUUGUAGACACGAAUUUGUCAAACAUUUAUGGAUGCAAAAUGAGCAAAAAACCUUGAUAUCUUUGCCAAAAAAGCAUCCCAAUGAGCAUUCUUUGGUUGAAUAUGUUCGAUGUAUGGGAAGUUUUAAUGAUCUACAAGAGAUUCUUCGUCUUAUAAAAAAAGAAAAACCAAUUAAAAAAGGAACUAUUAUCGGGUUCGUAGAGGCACUCAACCUUGCAAAGGCACACACAGAAAGCUUAUCACUAUUGAGAUUGCCGGAGCUUAGAAUAAACAUGGAUUUAAACAUAAUAAAAUGUUUUUUUAAUAAUAUUCAAACGAGACCUGCGUGGAACGAUAUUUUGCAUGCUGUUUCUAUAGAACUUGCUCGGAACCAAAUUACUACGCCACUUGACUUUUUUGCAAACUUGUGGGAAAAAACCAUGCAUCAGAACUGCUCCAAAGAGUCAAUCAUAUUAAAAGAAAACUACGUAGUAGCCAUAAAACAUCUGGUUAAAGAAUACACGGUACAACUAAAUAAAAUUAUAAAAGAGCUGCAAGAUCAAAGAGACAUCGAAUCCGCUUUGACACAGCUUGAAGCCAUUGACUAUUCUUGUGUUACAACACUGCAUUCGUAA